GAGAGAGAGAUGGGGGAGGAGACAGCGAGUAGUUUCAGACUAGGGAGAGCGGAGGAAGGAAAAAAAAGUCGGUGUGAAAGAGAGAAUGGGAAACGGACUGAUAUACUGCGCAUGGCGAGCCUCGGGAGAGUAGAUGACAAACUAACACAAGGAUAAAAUGUUGCGAAAAUCAUCAUCAGGGAUCAAGAGCGCGAGUUUUUAACAGAGAGACGCGGAGCGCUGCUUUCCUGCGGUGUUGGGAAUUGUAUCGAUCGCUCCCGGGACAGACGGGAAAGCGCUGUUUCGGAACUCCGCUGCACCCCGUCCCGUCCCAUCCCGCCUCGCCAUUGGAAGUACCGAGCCGCUUUCCCAAAUUCAGCGCUGUCGGUCGGGGCUUUGGAGGGAUCGCGAAAAGAGACCAGAGCUCGUUCUGCGGGAUCAACAAGAGCGCUGAUCAUUGGACAAAAGUUUGGCCUUUUGGAGACGGGGGUGCGGGAGAGGCCGAGUCUCGCGCUGCUGAACUGACACUUACCCCAGCUCGCUGUGAGAGGGGCAGAUAACUCUCACCAUGAAGACCCCCGGGGACACGGGGUUUACGUUCCCAGACUGGGCCUAUAAGCCCGAGUCCAGUCCUGGCUCCAGACAGAUCCAGCUGUGGCACUUUAUCCUAGAGCUGCUGAGGAAGGAGGAGUAUCAUGAUGUGAUUGCCUGGCAGGGAGAUUACGGGGAGUUUGUGAUCAAAGACCCUGAUGAGGUGGCCAGGCUGUGGGGCGCGCGCAAGUGCAAACCUCAGAUGAACUACGACAAACUCAGCAGAGCUCUCAGGUAUUAUUACAACAAGAGAAUUCUACAUAAAACUAAAGGAAAACGCUUCACCUACAAGUUCAAUUUCAACAAGCUGGUCCUGGUCAACUACCCUUUCAUUGACAUGGGGUCUGCAGGAGCGGCUGUUCCUCAAAGUGCUCCACCAGUGCCUACAGGUGCCCAUUUCCGUUUCCCUCCAUCCACUCCAUCAGACAUGCAGGUGUCUGAGGGGCUGCGGUCCCCCAGCAGCGAGGAACUGCGCAGUCCGGGGAUGUUCAGUGGCCGCCGAAUCGCCCGUGGGUCUGUCUCUGACUGCAGCGAUGGAACUUCUGUCAACUCUGAGAUCGAAGAUGGGAACGGAGGUGCGGCCGAGGAGAGAGUGACUGAAAGAGUGGCUGAGAGAGGAGGAGGUGGAGGUGGUUUCCGAGGUGCCGUUCACCCUCGUCUGUCUCACGAGGCGAUGUUCAGGAUGUACGGUGGACCGGGAGGUCACAGAUGUCAUCGAGUGUCAGAGGUUGGCGGACACAGGGUUCAUCCCGAGCCUCUCUCGCCGUACACUGUAUCACCUCUGCCUGGUCCUGGUGGCCCAGGCCUGUUGGCGCCGCCUCUCUCGCCGGCGUUCUCCAUGACCCCAGGCUCUCACCUGGCCUACACACCCUCCCCUACCCUGUCGCCCAUGCCUGGCUCCAUCUUCUCCUUCAACCCAAAGGACAUGCAGCGCUACCUGCAGGCUCACACCCAGAGCGUCAACAAUUACCACCUGAGCCCUCGUGCCUUUUUUCAUUACCCAAACAUCAUCGUUCCUCAGCCUCAGCGCCCCGACAAAGGCAUGCCCGGACCCCAGGGCUGUGAUCGUGGCCCUGCCGAGAGGCCCUCGGUGCUCAACAGCCAUCACUCCAGCCUCCCGCCACCUCACGCUCACCCCAUUCACCAUCACCUGGGGGAGGAGCAGCACCAUUCUCCAUUCAAGUUCAAGCUCCAGCCUCCCCCAUUGGGCCGAAAACAGCGUGACAGUCAGGGUAGACAGGGCUCGCUGUCCUCCUCAUCUACAUCCGGUCUGGGCUCCUCAUUGUCCUUUGGGAGUGAUCUCAGUUCAGCCAGCGGAUCAGGACUGGUGUCCAACUCCUCCUCAACUGGCUCGCUAAACAGUGCUGGGUUGCCCAAGAUUAAGGUCGAGCCCAUAUCUGACAUUGAAUCAGAAGAGGAAGUCGAAGUGACUGACAUCAGUGAUGAAGACGCUGAUGAAAGAGAUGAAGAGUUUGAUGUUUUCCCCUCUCACUACCAUAAAUACCGUCAUCAUCAUCAUCACCAUAAUCAUUAUCCUCACAGCCAAAAGCACCCACAGCCCAACGGCACAGAUGCUGCUCUCCACCCGGAUGAGGACUUGGAGGAGGAGGUGUUCAAAGCCCCUGCCCCUCCACCCUUCUUCCUCCCUCCCACCUCUUCCUCAGGUGAUAGCCGGCGCGGGACCACCAUUGUGAAGAGUGAACCUGUGGAGCCUGCAGACAUGCAGCUGGCCUCCGGCGGCCUGCCACAACCCAACUCUCAGUGUAUCCCACUGAAGCUCCGCUUCAAACGCCGCUGGGACCAGGACCAGCACAUGGAAGAGGCAGAGGACAAGAAAGUGAGAGGAGAAGUGAGGGGGAGAGAGAGGAACGGGAUGGCGGAGGAGAAUGGCAGUGGAAGCGGGAGCGGAGAGGCAGAGAGCCCACCUCCUCUCGCUCAUCACAGAGUUAGCGCCGAGCUCCACCGAGCCACGGCACAGCUGUCACUGGAGAACAAGGAGUGCUGAUAUGCAUCGACACACCUAGACGACUGCUGAUAUACAACUGCUGAUGGAUCCACACUCACACGUGACUCUUUUUAGAUCAAUGACUGCUGAUACUGACAACAGUAAUACUGACACAUACACUGCACACUUAGACUAACUGACCCCUGCUUAAUCGAAUCCCGUUCCCCAGGCUUCCCCUGUUCCCCCGCCAGCACACGUUCCAGUACAUCUCAUCGUGACCGUUAUGAGGAAUGAGUUCACCCACGUGCCCCAGCGACCCUCAGGAGUCAUGAACUUUGACCUUUGGCACUAGAGUAUAUUUUAUAUUUUUAGAAGAGAAUUUUAUUUUGCAAAGUGCCUGUGAGCUGUCCCUCAAAACCCCUCAAAGAGAACUAGAGACGGGCCUCAGAAUGAUCUGGUUCGAGGGGCUUGAUCUUGAUCUCCUCCAGCAGCCCAGCAUUAUUUUCCUCAGCGAGAGACUGUGAUCAGUCUCGAUGUGAUGUGAUGGGGUACAGAUGCACAGAAAGUCACAAACAGACACUGUUCUAAAACCAGCCUGGUCAGAAGUCCGAACCCUCAGGGACAAAAUCCCUCAGCGCACACACACACUCAGCCAUGAUCCCGUUCUUAUUCCAUGUAUGAAACAUGUGUCUGAUUCGAGUUUGAUUGUGUGUGUGUGUGUGUGUGUGUGUUUCGGAAAUCUCCUUUUCUUUUCUAUCCAUACCAGCUCACCAUAAAACACUCACUCUUUUUUUUUUUAUCUCCUCUGGGACCAUUCCUGAAUCACUUUCAUUCCGUUGGGGACGAAAUGACUCGGGCGUAUCGUGGUUCAGAGACUAAAUCUCUUAAACGGCUAGUUCCUUAGUUGGUUAGUCUUCGAAAUGACAGUUUGGAGGUAGCUUAUAACAAGCUUUCCUUGUAUAGCCAGUCCUUUAGCUUAAACUAAAAACCAGCAUCCCACACUCAAGCUUGUACAGUGAUACUAGACCAACAGGGACUCCAUUUCGAACUAUUUUGGCACUUGAUGAUGUACCCCUAGAACCAAGUGCUGAUUCUUUGUCCUGAUUAAAUGUCCUUCAGCCAUAUAAAACAGCCGCUGACUCCUAUGAGGGGGAGGUGGAACAGCAGUUUCAAUCCGUAAUCCCGACAUUUAAAUACUAACUUGAGUAUAGAAGGCAUGUUGCCAGAAGUCGCACACUCUCUCUCACACACACACAAACACACACACACUGCCUCUUACGCCUUAUUUUAAUAGCAUGUCUGAAAAGGAAAUACAAAAAUCUUAAAAAAGAUAGAACAGUAUACACUUAAUGUACCUUUAUAUAUUAUGCGUUACACAUAUUAUAAAUGGAAAGCAUAGCAUUAACAGAUGUAUCAGUUUCAAGGGGUUUUGUAACUGAUUUUGUUUUGAGGGGAAGGUUGACUCUUCUCCUCAGGGAUAACAUUGCUAUUUGGGCAAGGGAGGAAAAUGUUGCUUUUCUUAUCACGUUAAUAAAAGGUGGGUUAGAGGAGUGAAAAAUGAAAUUGUACACAAGACUCUAACAAAGUGAGCACGAGAGCUUUGCACCACAGAUGAUGUGGCACAUUCGGUUCUUUAACCAGCACGCACCUCCUCAACAUCCUGUUCCUACUGCUACAACUGAUGUGUGUGUGUGUGUGUGUGUGUGUCUGUGUUUGACAGAGGCUGCAGGUCUCUGUGCAUGUAUGUCACACCACACCCAAGGCUGUAAUUCUUUUGAAAUCUUGCAUCAUGAACCUCAUAAACCUGUGUGCACUAAAGCCCUGUGGAAGUUGAGCACAGGACUUGAGACAUCCAGUUGGACACUAGCCAUUAUAUAAUGGUUUCCAGUGACGGGAAGGAGUUGUAUCAUGGCUGAGGGGUCUCUAAUACCUAAGAUAAUGCAGAAGACAAAAUUGAACUGGCAACAGUGUCACCUCCUCAAAGUUUUGGACUCUUUCUAGCUGCCUUAUUCCCACUUUAAUCAGAUUUGAUUAUGUUUAAGAUCUCUUUCUUAUUCGACGAGUCAAGUCUUUAACUAGGGUGAACUUGUUUUGCGCCCUUCAUACCUCGAAAUUGAAAAAAAAUGGAGAUGGAGUGAGCAGUAUUGACCAGUGCGGUCUGUAAACUUUAGUUUGGGCACAAAGUGAGAAACAUUGUUUCUUUUCAGGAGGCGAGUUAUUUGUUUUCUCUUAGGCUGCUCUAGUUGGUGUUAUCCCAGGAUGUCACUUUUUCAAGUCGAAUGACGUUUUGUUUUGUUUUUCACCCGAACUGCUCAUGUUUAUCUGCUUUCUGAUGUCAAUGUUGCUGUACAUCCUAAUUAUUAUUAGUUAUUAUCAUUAUUUUCUUUACAUUUUCUCCUUGUGUUGUAGUCAUGAUAACAUUGUAUACAAUACUGUAAGAGAUCCUUUUUAAGAAUGUUUCCCCCAGCCCUGCCUUCCCACGAGCGACCCGACAGCGUGUUUAGUGUAACAUUUAAAAUUCUGUAAAUUAACGUGAAACUGUAACUUUUAAUAUAGGUGGUUAUUGUGGAGAGAUAUUGGAUGGAGGAAGGGCAUUCAAGGGAGGAUCGGGCUUAUGAUUUGAACUUGUCAUGUAAUUGUUAUUUUGUAGUGUUACUGAUUUCUUGCUCUUGUAAAUUUUUUUCAUCGGGGGAUUGUAUGAUUUUAAAAGAUAUAUUGUGUAUUGUUUUAUUGUGUAAAAGUCUCUAUCGCUCUCACUUUCCUUCUCAAAAUUGAUUUCUGUGGUUCCAUAAUUCAUAAUAACAGGUUUUAAUACCAUGAUGUAACACUUUAAUUCCUCCUUUAUUCAUUUUUGUGUUCUUUUUCAGAAUUGUAAUUAAAAUGUAAUCAGGGUCAAUUAAACUGGUUUAAAGCCA